CCCCAAGCCUGCUCACAAUGAGGAUCUUCGCCUUCUUAGCUCAACUCUUGGUGAUCGCCUACUGCCAGAACGACGGCACCAAAAGACCAGCAGACGAAUGCCAGGUUACGCCAGUGAUCCAUGUUCUACAGUACCCAGGAUGUGUCCCCAAACCUAUUCCAUCUUUCGCCUGCACUGGCCGCUGUUCUAGUUACAUCCAGGUAUCAGGAUCGAAAAUUUGGCAAAUGGAAAGGUCCUGCAUGUGCUGCCAAGAAAGUGGUGAGCGAGAGGCCAGCGUCACCCUUUUUUGCCCCAAGGCUAAACCAGGAGAAAAGAAAUUUAGAAAAGUUAUGACCAAAGCACCAUUGGAAUGCAUGUGCAGACCUUGUACAUCCGUUGAAGAGAGUGCUGUAAUCCCACAAGAGAUUGCUGGACUUACCGACGAAGGACCUCUUAACCAACACUUCGUUAAGCCCCAGUAGCCUUUGGCCCGAAACAAAACGAAGAUAAGAAGAAUUGAUGACUUGAAGAACCUAUUUGGAUGAAGGGAAAGAAAAAGCCACUGACCUACAGUUUCUUCAUUUCCAUGCUGGAGGUCACAAAAUGGCUGUGAUUCUUUAAAAAAAAAAUUAAUAAAAUAGCGAUUUGUUUUAUUAAAAAUGUUGUAAUAUGAUCAGACAAACAUAUAAAAUAAACAACGCCAACUAAAAUUUAAAUAUAUUUGUAUAACAACUUUAUGAAACAAAAUGUUAUAUGACUGAUUAAAAUUGUAAGUUCAUUGUAUUGGUAUUUAUUAAAAUAUAAACUAUAAUAAAUUAACGAUUUUGGUUUUAAUUAUAAAACAAGUGAGCAUCAUUUUUAAUGUAAAAAUAAAAUAGUACAACUUUAUUCUUAAAAAGAAAAAAUAGAUCUGAUGGAAUUAUGAAUUAUAUUGUAGGACUUUAGUAAGAAGAAAAUUGAACAGUCUGUAUUUAAGUGACAUUUCUGUUUUUAUAUUAUAAUAAAACAUUUAUUUAAGUUUCUUU